CUGCUGCAUACUGUAACUGUCUUCCUAUCUAAUAGAUGGACAGUGUAAUGGAACAUCAGAAGCUCUGAACAUUAAUGUGGCUUCUAAUCGACACAAAAUUGAAUUGGGAAUUAUUUUUGUCGCAUCUAAGUGAAAUAUGGCCGAGGAUGAAAUCAGAUUAUAUGAGGUUUCAGACCCUAGGAAAUCAUUUGCAGGUCAUACGGUCUACAGAGUAUCAAGAAAGGUUUGCCAGGAUAGAUUCCCUGGCGUGGUUGAAGAGGUUGUUGUAUGGAGGAGAUUUAACGAAUUUAAGAAACUUCAGAAGGAUCUUUUGAAACUUUAUAAUCCAAAACUUSAGGAAGUCCAAUUCCCUUGUCUCCCAAAAGCAACCUUCUUUGAUCGGUUUGAUGAAGCAGUGAUAGAAGAACGUAGGAGAGGUUCCCUCAAUCUGCUGAAUUUUGCAGCAAGCAUACCACAACUAGCAAAAAGUCAAUGUUUUCGAAACUUUUUUCAGGGAGGUAUUUAUCAACGUAGUGCCUGCUCUCGUAGCUCUUCUAAAACGUCUAGUUUUUCAAGUGAUGAUGGUGACAUAACAGAAUCUCAUAUUGUCGACAAAGACGGCAAGUGUGCAACGACUCAUGAUUCAGAUGAAUCUCAAGGCUAUCUUGAGCUCGGUGGCGUUUGGUUGUGUAAGCAGCCGUCUCUUGUGGAAGGAUUAGACAAAACCGAAACAAAUGUCGAUGAAACAAUUUAUGAGCAGAGUACUGAUCUUGUUGAAAGCCAGAUAUCAGCAGACACUCCUAGUUUUAUUAGAAGGUCUUUGUCUGUGGAGGAGGGUGAGGAAGACGUAUUUGGAAAGAAGGAAGUUGAAAAUAGUAAAGAAAUAAGUUGGGAUUUAGAUGGCGAAGACGGUCAAAUAUUAAGAAGGACAACUACAUGGCUUCAAAGAGCUAUAUCGUUAUGCAGCGAGGGUGAUGACAUUGAAACUUUGGCAUGCGAAGCAGAAAAUGAUGAAUACGUUAAGGAAUUAAAUUUCCCCAAACCAUUUGCUGUUCUUGAGAGUGAUUGUGUAGGAAAUUCCGUUAUUAAUGUACAACAAAUAUUGAAUACAAACAGAGGUAGUGGUAUUGAAUCGAAGAGAGAAACAGUGACACAAGAGCCAACGGAAAUCCUAAGCGAAUAUCGAGGAAACCAGAAAACUAAAUAUGAGCCCUGUGAGCCAUACAACUCGCCCAAGAGUACGUCAAAUCAAGAGGAUCCUGGUGACUUUUCUGUAGUAUCGAAAGAAAACCAAAAGGAGACAACACCUUGUAGAUUCCAUCCACAGGACAUCAGUUUUUUGUCGGAUAGCACAGGAGAUGAYUAUCUUUUAGCAGCGGCGAAAGUCGUACGUCAGGCAUUGAACUUUGAACUAGAUGGACAGUACGAGGAAGCAUUUCACCUGUACAAGAAGUGUGUUAGUUUGCUAUUGAGCGGGGUACAAGGGGAAAAAGAUGCAAAACGCCGAGACGCAGUUCGUCGUAAGACAGCGCAAUAUCUUUUGAAGGCUGAAGCUCUUUAUACGGCAUGCGUUCAGGAAUCAAAGGAACUUUCUGAGAAUACGUUUAGAAGAUUAAACGCCGUAAGGGAAGAUAGCAAUCAUCAUCAAGAAGUACCCAGUCAGCUUCAACUGGCUAACUAUUCGGUGAUUGGUAUCGUUGGAAAGGUUACGAUUUUUCUUAAAUUUUCUGAAUCUUAUUAUCGAGUAGUAAUGCAGCCUGUGUAUAAAUUUGGAUGGAAAGUCUUGGGCAGAAAAAAGUUAUGA